UUAUGUUUUGUCGAAUCAAGAAAAAAAAUGAAAAAACGAAUUGUGUUCUAGGCCUCCUGUCGCUCCUCGUAGGCUCGAAGUCGAAGGAUAAGAUUUGGGUUUGUGUUUGUGUUUGGGACAUUUGCUUCAGUUUCAUCAGGAGCAGCGCCGAAAAGAUUACAACUUUAUCCGCCAGAUUUAUGUUUUUAUCGAAAUAUGGAUUUGGAGUCUGCAGAUGAAUCCAAAGAUUACAUUGAAGUGGAUGACAGGCAUGGAUUUGUUAACUUUUUGAAAAUCCCAUAUGCACAUCGAGCAAAUAAAUUGGUGAAAGAUGUACCAGUGACUAAUGAAUCUUUCUAUUGUCCAGAGGAGUAUUUUUAUUUGGUUUGUAUCUUUGAUGCAAUAGAUUGCACCAAAGCUUUACUUGAAGGAGACCCUUUCAUUGUAGAUCUUAAUGUUCCCUUUGAAUAUGGAUUAUAUCCAUUACAUAUUGCGGCUGAAGCUUUCUCAUAUGAUAUGAUUGACUUGUUACUUCGCCAUGGGGCUUGGACUGAUGUCAGAACCAUAGAAGGUGAAUUCAGGGGUGACUUGCUGCCUCUGAAUAUAGCACUUGAAAUGUUAAGUUAUCAUCGAUACCCGUCUCAUUGGACUCCGAAGCAGUCUAUUUUCAAGUUGAUUGUUAUUCUUUCCCUGCCACAAAUGAAAGUACCAUUAGAAACCAAUAGGUUACUUGCAUGGAACACAAAGGAUGUCAACAAUAUAUUUUACCAUUAUGCUAUGGAGGGAAAACUUAUUCCAUUGGCUGCUCUGCUAUUGGUGGCUCGAGAAAAGAUUAUGGCUCCAAGCAUGCUGAGCAAAGAUGGUUCUGUUUUAGAAGGAGACGUGAUGAUCCGCCAAUGCAUCCUUGAUAAGAGUGCAUUACUAGAUGAGGAGGUUGAAUUAAUGUGCAUUGGUAAAAAACGUAAUCAGAAGAUUAAGAAUAAGAAGACGGUGAUGAAAAUGGUCCUGCUAUUGCUUGAAGUUUUUGCUAGGACUGGUGAUGCUAUUGAAACAUACAGGCAGUCUGUACAAUAUCAUAUGUCAAAAGAAAAGGUGGUGAAAGACAUCAAAGCGCUGCUUGAGGAAUCGGGGUUUGUUUUGAAGGACAAAGACAUAGACUUGAGUGACAUAGACUGCGAAAGUGAAGAAAUCAAGCUGGCAACAGAAGUGUUAGAGAGGAGAACAUCAUUUAGGUCUCAAUCACAGGAUCUCUGUAUGCCACACCACUCGCUAUCGCGCAGUUUUCGCCAGUCAAUGCAUCCAAUUACUAACAAAUUUCAGGAGCAGAAGUGGGCAAUGUCUAAAUUUAUUGAAUGGGGAUCACCUGUUUUAUCACAUGAACGACCGUGCCAUACAUUCCACUUGAUGAAGGAUUUCUACGGCUUUCAUUUGUAUCGGUUAGCAAGGAACAAAAAGAUGGGUAAAGCGAUGAUAUUGUCACCAGCAUUUUUUCUAUAUUUAAAAGAUUAUAAGUUCUUUGCAUCAGCAAUCAAGCAUGGGAUAACGCGAAUAUGAUUUGCCUAAUUUGCCUAAGCACCAUUUUCGACCCUUACUUUUUAAGGUUUACCUGUUCAUCCUCUUUUUUGUUUUCCUUUUUUCUUUUUGAGAACAAAAGUGACUUCUGACUUUCAGUUGUUUUGCAACUUUCUACUUCUUGUUACAUGAUGGAUGAGUCAAUUAGGCAUUUGAUUUUGUUUUCUCUUCA